CAAAAACAGUCUUUCAUUCUUUUCCUACGUCUGACCACAAUGGGGAUGAUAAGGGAUAAAAAGUUACAGCAUUACUGCUUUUAAGUUACUAGAAGCGAACAACCAAUCCACUUGCUUAAUAAAUUUUGUUACUUUCUGACACAAAGUGAUCUAAUUGUUUAACAAAGUGUUUAACAAAGAUUACCGCACAUCACAGGCUUCUCAUAUCCGGUGCAAAACUUGGCUUGAGAAUAAUCUUAGCGCCUCACCGAUUUCAUAUGCUGCCGCUCCUCUGAUUUGUAGGGUUAACAUAAUAGAAUCUCGGCUGCAUAAACUGUUCUCCCCAAAAUAAGUCGCUAAAGAACUUUAUGAAGAAUAGUAGUAAAUCUGGCAUCAGACAGUUUAGUUUCGGUUUCAUUUCAUGGCAAACCAAGAUACCUGAUUAUCCUUGAUUUACAAGGUGAUUGUUAUUAUUACCGUUCUUAUUUGUAAUUGGGUUGAAGAAAUGCUGAGUAAAUUAUGUUAAAUAUCUAGUUCAACGAAAUGAUUGAAACAAAAGCUUCUUUGUAAGAGUCGUGUAAUGGCAAGAAAAAAUGUUUUCAUCCAGACUGUUAAUAAAUGCCAUGAAGUGUCAAUUGAAUGGGAAAUAAAAAAUGCGAUGGAAAUAUCAAACACGAUAUAUGGUGAAAUAUUUGUUCUUGAUAAGGACUGUAAAAUAAAAUUUAAAGAGGCUCUAAAAGUUGUUAAUAGUGGUACUAGUGUUUCUAAACUGUCUGCCGGCUUUAAACGUGCAGAUCGAUGUAAUAAAACUCUUACUGUGAUAUCGAAUUUGAAAUUUAGUGAUGCAAAUGACCAUGUUAUUACUCGUCGGAAGAUGAAGUUCGCGAGCCGCAAAAAUUGUCAAGUCCAUUGGUGCAUCGCAGAAAAGUUUGCUAGUAUAACGCACAAAUUAGAUUGCAGUACAAGUAAGGGAGGGGAUAAUUCUGACUCUGAUUUGCAUUCAUCGCCAACACAAGUCUUAACUUCUGAAUCUGAAGCAGAAGGUGAACAGAACGGAAUUAAACAUAUUAAAGGUGGUUCAUUAAUUGUGAGUGGUACCUUAAAAGUCUUUGGUUGCUGUGUUGAUUCAACUGUAAAAUCUAUGCCCUCUCUUUCAGAAAAAAAUACCGCUGAAGACACAGUGCUAGAAGUUAUUGCCGAUUUUAAAAUAGCAUAUGAAACAAAUCUUUAUACUGAUGUUUGCUUGAAGGUUUCUGGUGUUUAUAUCCGCGCUCACAAAUUUGUUUUGUGCGCAAGGUGUCCUUAUUUUAAAAGACUUCUCUCUGAAAAUAAGCUUGAUGUUAUUGAGGUAGAUGACAUGAAUAAAAAUGUUUUGGAGUCAUUUCUUAGAUUUCUUUAUACUGGAGUUGUUGGUGGAGUCAAUAUGAAAACCAUUCAGGAACUGUACUGUAUUGCAGAUAAGUAUGAGGUAAUAUUAUUAAAAAAGUACUUAUCUCACAAGAUGAAAACUAAUUUAAAAUUCUCAAAUGCAUGUGAAGCUUUGAAAUUGGCUGAUAAAUAUGAUGAUGAUGAACUUAAAAAUUAUGCAACUUAUUAUAUUACUGAGCACUUCGAGAAUCAAACAGUAAUAAAUAAGUUUGCAGAAAUUAUGGUAAAUAAUCCGGAAUUAGCUGCAUCUGUUUUUAAAUUAAAGAGCCAAAAAGAUAUUUCAGCAUCUUGCAAUUAGAUUAGAAAGAAGAAAAAAAACAUUUCCACAAAAGCUGUUGUUGGCCAAUGGCUCAAAAAGGUUCAGGUUCCACAAUUUCGUGACUUAUAGCAUUAUUGUGACCAGCAUAGCAUACAGACCAUCUUUAAUUCCCAGAUAAGCUGAUAUCCAUUGAUUUGAAGCUAGUAAUGCCUUCAGCAGCCACUGAGUAUGAUAAGCUGGUAUCCAUUGAUUUGAAGCUAGGAAUGCCUUCAGCAGCCACUGAGUAUGAUAUGCUGGUAUCCAUUGAUUUGAAGCUAGGAAUGCCUAAAGCCGCCACUGAGUAUCAAACAACAGUUCUUCACAAUUACAGUUCAGUGCCUUAACUACAUAAGUCUUUGCAGCUCAAUUAGAUUUAAUAUAUUAUUAACAACUUGUAUUUUUAAUUGCUUAUUAUUAUUAUUCUUUUUGCAUGUGUAACACAAAGUUAAAAAUCAUGUGAAGUUCACUGGUCAAACAUUGAAAUACAAUACUUUUCAGUUUAUGGAGUUAGUUAUGCUUUGUACCAUUAUCUCUCUUAUGCAUUCACUGCAAUAUUAAAUUUUAUUUUUUCAAUAUAAUCAUUAAGUGGAUGUUUUAUAGCAUUUUUAUUGUUGAUAUUUAGAUGUUGUAUUGUUGUUGACAUUUAUUAAAUUUUAUAUAGUUUUGUUCUGUAGGACAGGGUGAUAUUAAGAUUAUGUCAUUGUGAUGUAUCGUCACUUUCCCAUCCCAAUGUUUCGUUACAUUAAUGUUUUAGAUUUGGUAUUUCAUAAAUUGGUUGAAUUUGGUAUUGUGCAAUUUUGAAUUCUUGCACUUUUUCGAGCAUUUGAUUGAAUAAGGUGAUUAUAUUCUUGCAAUAAAUUCAAGCCUCGAUUUACUUGACAAAUAAAAAUUUGAUAAAUUUGUUUAAUUAUCAACAACAAAUUGUAUUUUUUCUUUUUAAAAAUCAACAAAUCAAAUCAGUAACAUGAUGAUACAUCAUUGAUAUAAUACAUUAAAAAAUUUUUUAAAAAAAAAGCCACUUGCCACAGAAUAUGUCUUUAAUCAAAAUUUAGCAUGAAAAACAGAACAAUAAAAAAAUUUUAAUGAUGGAUUGAGAAAGAUUGAAAAUGAAACCUUAAUAACACUUGAAGCAAAAAGGCAGACAUAACUUCUGAUUCAGGAUCUUAUCCACAUCAUUUUAGUAAAUUACUAUCAAUAUUUAUUAAAAUAAAAUGAAUGUGUUAAAAAGUAAAAAAAAAAAAAAAAUCACUGAUUAUUAAGAAAAUAUUAAAAUUCCAUUAAUAGUAAGUUCCAAUAUUUUUUUACCAACAUUGUUAUUUUUUAAUAUUUUCUAACAAUGAUUAAUAUUUCUCUAUAAUUAAAGAUGUGGAUAUUUUAACAAAAUUGCAUUUAAAAAAUGAUAAAUGGCUAAAUUGAUUCUGAACAAUCAGAUAAUUAAAAGAACAUGUUUCGAUAACUGACAUAUUCAAUAACACUUCAAGUCUCGAUUAUUCGCUCGCACAUUGAGAUUUAUAGUGGUAAUAGAAUGUAUAUCUCUGCUGAGUCCUGAUCAAAGAAGCAUGAAUAAAAAUAAUGAUAAUUGCUAUAGUAAUCUUUGUACACUUUCAAUCAGAGAAACAUACUCUUCAUGCGAGUUCGAAGUGAUCAAAAUCUGAUUGGGAGAAUUGCUCUUUAUUCACGUUUGAGCAAGCAAGUUUAUCGGGAACUAUUGUCUUUGUUGCGCAUGUAGAUAU